AUGCAUCAGCCGGAUAUACUUACUCAACAACGCCAAACCGGUCCACCACCUUGGACACCUUAUGUGAAUUAUCCACCUGGAGCGGUAGUUUGGUAUGCCGGUAGUUUCUGGAGAUGCGAGAGUGGUCAUACGAGUGGAUACGAACCGGAUGGUGCUCCAACGAAUAACCUUAAUCUCUGGACACCAGUAGGUUCAAGUGGACAACAUCCGUCUUAUCCAAAACAACACCAACAGCAAUAUUACCAACAACAACAGCAACAGCAACCCUAUUACCCUCAACAACAACCUCAACAAGGAUAUUACGCCCAGCCUCAAGCUCAACCACCAUCGUACACUGCUCAAUCAUCUUCACCUGGAUACUUCCCAAUCCAACAACAACAACAAGGGUACUACAACCCCGACCCUUCAUCUUCGGGAUCAUCGUCUCAUUUCCACGUACCGUCUGGGAGGUUCAGUCCCCAUGAGAAGGAUGAUACUCCAUCUUCCACCGAGACAAUCACCGAGAAGAACGAGAAGGACAGAGGUAACAGCAGUGGAAGAAGCAGUGCGAGCCAGUUCUUCAGUGAGAAGGCAAAUGAAUCGUUGAGAUAUCUUACAAUCAAGAAAGAAGCUGGAGAUUCCCAAGAAAAGGAUGAACUGAAGAAUGAACUGAAAGCGAAGAGGGUAUGGAGAACUGGUGGAAUAGGAGUUUGGGCUUAUAGUGAGGAUCAGAAAGAGGAAGAAUUGAAGAAGAAAUUGUGGAAGGAAUGGAGUGAGAAACAUGAUGAGAAAGAUUGGUUGAAAGUUGCCAGGGAACGAAAGGAAUUUUAUGAGAAAGAAAGUAAAGGUGUGAAACCUCUUUUCAUGUGGAAAUUAGUUGAAAAAGGACAGAGAUUACCUACCGACGCUUUACCAAUUGGUCAUGAGCAGGAUGGUGCUGCCCUGUACUCUGCUAGAUCAUGGUGGGAAGGCGGUGUACAUCUGGGCAAAGCUGGACAUCACCUCGUCUCGGGAGCAUCCAUCUCCUACGGCGGAGCAGAAAUCACCUUGGACACAUAUGAAGUUCUCUGUGGACCUAUCAACGAACCGUAUCUUGUCAAGUGGAUGACCUACAGGCACGGUGAGGUAGCUGCUGUCCAGGGAUGGCAGCCUGUAGAGGGCGGAAGAGAGAAAGAUGGGACGGCUUUGUUGUUAGCAAAGGGCGAUUAUGAGAGCGGUGAACACCCUGGUAAAUGUCUCAUCAACGACGAUCACGCCUGUGUCGGCUAUGGCGGUGGCGAACUCUGGGUCCGACCAUUCUCAAUCUUAGCUUAUGCUAACCCCGAUCGACGAUAA